GCCCCGCCUACUACGUGUACUUAUGGCCAUUCUGGUUGUUUGUUGUGUUUGACUGUCACUCUUCCGUGAGUUUGACAGACGCUAGCUCGCGGUGUGGCAGCAGAGAUGGUGCACGUCUAUAACUGCCACCCGUUCGCGUCUCAGCACAUCGUGUCGACGGAGCAGGAGCCCGGGCUGGUGUGCUGCGGCGGCGGGGCGCUGUUCGUGGUGUGUGGCUGCAGGAUCGAGGCGUAUGAUGUGCGGCAGGACGGGUGUCCGCUCAUCUGCCGCUUUAGCAGCGUGAGCUCCGUGCGCAGCAUCCGCCACAGCGGCGCGGGGGACUAUUUGGUGACUAUUGAAGAGAAGAAUGGGGCGAUGUACCUGCGGGCCUACACUAACUGGAGGUACCAGGCUGUUGAGAAGACUCGUGUUGGUGUGCGUCUGCUGGGACAUCUCCUGCGUGGCGCAUCUUUCCGUGGAGCGCCCAAAGAGCAAAUGGAGAUUAUAGAGAUUCCUCUGUUUGAGCCACCGCUGUGUAUGGCGUGCUGCCCCCUCACAGGUGAUCUUCUGGUGGGUUGUGCCAAGAGUUUGGUGGUCUUCAGUCUAAAGCAUCAGAAGCUGAGCGAGCAGCUCUCUCUUUUGGACUUUGAAAGGGUUCUGAUUCUUCACGUCCAGGGCCUGAGCCCAUCACAGGUGGCAUUCUGUGCUGGAUUUGUGGCUCUUCAGACCGAGUUGGAGGUACUGGUGGUAAAGCUCACCCAACAACAGAAGAACACACCAGACACAGGCCAUCAUCACGUGCUGUUACCAGAUGACAUCAUCACUGACGCUGCUUCAGAUGAGGAUGCAGAGAUGAAAAAAGAUGGGUUCAGUCCCCUUCAUGAGCAGGAGGACUUCUUCAUGUUUCCGAAGCAUCAGGAGAUGUUGGGCAGUGAAGCUCAGGACUGUGGCACAUCUUUUCUUCUGGAGUGGACGGGUAUAGAGGUGGAGAGGUCGGAGGACAUGAGCAUAUGCUAUGUCUUAUACAGGAGGUUUGCACCUGAUUUCUUUCAAGGUUGCAGCGUAGAGGAGACGCACUUGCAUUCCCUACAGCUCCACCCCAUGUUUACUGUUACACAGGAGGAAUCCAUAAUUUCUAAAGGAGAAGAACCCACCUGUAUGUUUGUUUUCUUCUCUUUGCCAAACACCGGCUACAUGUACAGUUUAAAGGACUCGGUAGAGCUUGUAUCAACCUACCAGUAUCCUGAAAAAACCCAUCAGGCUGUGCUUAGCAACCAGUUCCUCUAUGUCAUCACCAGGAAUGCUCUGCAGUGUUUCACCGUCAGGUGUAGUGCGGUAGCGGCACGGGUGAAUGAUCCCUACAUUGACACCACUAUGAAGGCAUGCCCGCCCAUCACAAUGGAGGUGUGCGCCCUGCGGAUCCAGCUCUUCAUCGGCCUGAAGGCUGUCUGUCACGACGGGAAUCACAUUGUUCUCCUGACAGCUGCCGAUGUGGACAACAGAGAAGAUGUAGAGAGGCCGGCCCGCAAAAACACUGAAUCGAGAGAACACAAAACCCUGACAGGCAUUUUAGUAGCUGUAGGUCUAGAGCCGUCUUCGACAGCAGCUCUGGAAAACCUUCUGUCCAGAUCUUUACUAUCCAGAAAGACCUCCGUCUGCAAAUCCACUGAACCGACAGACAGCGGUCAUGGCUGGAAUCUCUAUGUCAUCACGUGUGUGUCCACACUGCAGCUCUACCAAGAAAUAGUGGAAUACAGUAAGCGAUAUGAGCAGUCAAGUCCUCUCUCUCAGAGCUGUGUUCAUCUGCUGAGUGAAGCUCAUCUUCUCCUGCGUUCAGCACUGCUCACACAGCAGGACUAUGAGCCUCACCUGCAGCAGGCCUUUCAGGAGAGCUGCGCUCACUUAGCAGACUGUUUUAGCAGGUUGGAUAAGAAGGAUUGUCAUUUGGCUCUGCCGUACUAUAACAUUUCCGGUCUAUCUGUGACUGAUGUUGUUCAGAGGAACAUGGCCAUGUGCAACUUCUCGUCUGGAUACGGCAGAGGAUUUCUCUUCUAUCUCAAACAUUCACUCUAUGAAGGAACCGUGGAGGAGCUCAAUGAGGGCAUGGCCAAUAAAGUGCUGGAAAUCUUUAGCGUGGCUGAACCCACUGAGCUCCCUCAUGUGGUGAGCAACCCAUCCAUGCUGAGAGCCAAUCCUGACUGUGCCAUGACCCACCUGAGACAGCUGGACAUCUCUGGAACCUCGUCCAUCACCCUGUCUCUCUCUAUAGCCUCCCUGGCACUCCGCAAGGGCGAUCUACACACAUACAGGCAGCAGAUGGACCGUCAUGCCGAGAUGCUGCAGGUGUAUGGCUUCCUAGAGGAACCCAAACUCCUGCUGCAUGGCAGAGGAAAGGCCGUGGUGCCCACUGUACUGGCACAACACCUGCGAGACACACAGGAGGGGCUGCUGGUGGCCGCGGUCGUGGCACUGCACGAGAACAGACAAAUCAGACUGGAGGAGGCUGACUUUUUCUUUCAGGAGCUGUGUAAAGAUGAGAUUCAGAGGGCUCCUCAGUUACUGCUGGAUUUCUGGGAAGCUUUGUUGGUAGCAUCUGCUAAUGAGUCCAUCAUACAGGAGCUGCUGUUUCAUCUGGUGUCUGUCUACAUCGACCGGCUCACGUGUCGAGAUCUCUCAGGUGUUAAAGCCCUCAAAACAGCUGACGACCUGAUAAACUCUUGCUGUCAUUACGGAAUGUUGUAUCCGUGGGUGAGCAUCCUGACUCCCGUCCAGUUUGGCAUCGCUCAUGACCAGCAGGACCUACACAAACUCCAGUCUUUACUGUGUGGUCCGACGCUGGAGGUAUCGUCCAUUCUGCCUCUGCUGGAGAAGCUGUCUGACCGUGAUAACACCGGACUAAGUGUACAUGUGCUAUGUGCCACUAAACUGGGCCAACACGAGGGCUCUAUCAACAAGCUUCUAGAACGCUGUCCACAAGCCAUCAUCUCCUACGCCAAACAUGAGCUACAGAACGAGAAACUGUGUCUUUGGUGGCAGAAGCUUUUCCCUGAGCUCUGUGAGAGAAUCAGAAGAACAGGAAAUGACACCACAAUCCUCUCUGCACUCCGAGACGUUUUGGCUGUGGUGGCCAUAGAACUGAACCCAUUAGAGUUCCUGGACUUGUUACCGGAUGAUGGAACGGCUCAGUUUUUCCUGCCACAUCUGCUUGAGUGCAGCCAGAGAAAUCUUCUUAUGUGAGGACUCAUUUUCCAUCGGUAUAUUUCAGACAAUCAACACUAAACCUGUUUACAGAUAUUUAUAGGCGACCUACUGCAUUGAAUGCAAAUUAUCACAUAACAGUUUGUUGUCUUCUGUCUGAUUGGAAAGAUACAUGGCAAUCCUAAAACCCAGAAUGUUAUUUUAGGGGUCAGAGUUUACCUCAAAACACAAGUACUCCUUUAUCUCAUCUGAAUUUAUGAAACAAAAUACACAUUAUAAUAGUGAUUGAAAAUACAAUAAAUAUUGGUAGGUCAAUUAAGACUAGUUACAUAAGACUAGAGGGGUUGUAGUUAAUUUUUGUUUGAAUGUUUUGGGUGGCUUUUACAUUUAUAUGUACAAGACCAGUAAAGCAUGUAUCAUCUCAUGGUAUGCGUAUGUUUGUGUUUGACCAUUUAAGCUUAUAUCAUCUCAUGAUGUGAGUGAUUCUAUAUUUAGGGGUACAUUUCAGGUCCAAAAAGUCUGGAAAUCAGUAUUCUUUUUUUUGAUAAAUAAACUAGGUGGUUGAAUAAUAUAUCCCCUUAAUGUGCAAAAUAAAUUAUAUAGCAAGCUUAUGCUCUAAUUUUUUAUAAUAAAUUAACACUGAAUUGCCAACAUUGUCAAUCGUUGAUGGUAACACGGUUGACAGGUAACACAGUUGACAUUUCAGCCACUUUAGGGCCUUGUGCAAACUGCUGACCUUGGACUAGUUAGUACAUGACCUUGAUUAACCUAUGUUUUUAUAUUCUUUCUCUACAUAUUUAUAAAUAUAACAUGUGACGCAAGUUCAACAGAACACGUUGAUAACACUGUUGAUGGUCAAUUAAUCUACUCUAUGUGCAGACAAUAAUAUGGAUAAAAUAUUGAAGAGGAGAAGUUAUGAUUUACCACACGGUCUUCAAAUUUUCCUCCAAAAAAGGAAAUGACAUCAUGUGAUGUUUGACAUGUGACUUUGUAACAAACCAUUGGUGAUUUAUAGGGGGUUAUAUGGGGAGUAACAGGGUUGACACUAAUUUCUCUGACAUACAGUAAGUAAAUGGAUGAUUUAAUGUAGAUGCAUGAGCAAAAUACUUUUUAAAACACCUUGUAAGAAAUAUAUACAGAAACAUGUAUUCUAGAGCUGAUCUGAAGAGCAAAACCUCACAUUGACCAAAUCAGACAGCACAAAAACAGCAGAUUAAAGUAAAAUGGAUAAUAGAGUCCAUGGACAUGACAUGUACCCCUAAUUGUAGAAUGAUUCACGUAUAAAUGUUUGUUUGCACCCCUCAGCCUGUAUAAUAUGUAUAAAUGUGUCUUAUGCAGGUUUUUUUUACAAUAAAAUGCUAAUUGUUCAGUUUAGUCAACAUUCUGUGUAUACUGUGUGCAUGUUAGUAAAUAAUUUUGUACUACAGUAAUGCAAAUAAUAGAAACUCACUCAUUUGUAGUCACACCCUCAGUUCACAACUAUUUCUUCUUGCAUGCUUUAUUUAAUAAAACAAUUAACCCAUGAAUUACAUUUUAAUUUUUUUAUUUAGAAAAGCCAUGGCAAAGUAUUCUAAUGAAAUCUUCCUGUUACAGAUGAUAA